AUGCCGGCCCAACUGCAACUGCAGCAAAGUGUCCUGCAUCGAUUGAUUCCACUGCUGGUGCUGGUAUCGAUCGCUGCCAGCCUCCCAGCCAUACGCCCCGGUCCGAACACCAUCGCCGACAUCAAUCAGCACCGCACGCGCACACGGGAAACGCUCCAGCACACCCCCCGGUACGAGUUCGCGUACGGCGUGAAGGACCCAAUUACGGGCGAUCACAAAGAUCGGUGGGAAAAGCGGGACGGCGACCGGGUGCAGGGUGUGUACAUGCUCGAGGAGCCCGACGGGACGCAGCGCAUCGUGGAGUACGAGGCCGACGGUGUGCACGGCUUCCGGGCGAUCGUCACCAACGUGCCGCUGGCCAAGGGCACCCGCACGCCGCACGACACGAUCGCGCACAGCUACAACAUGCUGCACGCCACCACCUAG